AAUACCAUCGUUGAGGGCAGGGUGGAAGAGAACGCUCGGUCAGUUUAUAUAUGAUCGGAUUCGCGCACCAGCCGCUAGUAUCGGCCGAACCGACUGGCGAAAGUCGUUUCAACUAAAACCUCGGACUCGGUUGCGGUGUCUCUCCUCUUUGACUCUGUGACUUCUUAGUUAGUUGUGUCCCUGGUGAAGUGCGAAACGAAGACCGCCCAAAAAGAGCGGAACCGCUCCAACGAAUAGACAAAGACAAAACCAAGACAAUAUGGCUAAAACAAGCAAAACCAUAACCCUAUUCCUCGUAUCAAUUUUAAUAUCAAUAACCACAGCGGAAGUAGAAGUUCUAACCAAACCAAAACCGGGUCAAGAAUACGUUUUAUUAAGACGAUCGCAUUCAGAAACCAAAAGCAAAGAACCCAAAAAGUACCAACACUUUGAAACAUCCCACAAACGACCAAGCGGUCUUAAAGUACUCCCCGAUGAAGACGAAGCCGAAAUCAAAAAGAUUAUCAGCAAAAGAGAAGCAAACCCAGCAGACGCAGCAGCUCCAGCCCCAGCCGGAGCUAUCAAAUUAGACGUCAGCAAACUUUUAGAAAAAUACAAAAGCCAAUUAAAAACCGAAACGACCACAACAAAAACAAAAACUACACCAAAAUCACCCCCAAAUCGAAAAAGAACCAAAAAAGAAGCUAUCCCAGAAGCGAAUCCAACCACAUCACAUCCCAUUUUAACGACGGGUUUUGCCCCAGUUAAAGUAGAUGAGGAUACUAUCUUCUUAGGAAGCGGAAGUGAUAAGAAACAAAGCAGAAUUAAAAUCAAACAAGGCCCCAAUGGCCAAGAAUACGAAUACGAGUACGUUUAUUAUUACUACGACGAUGAUAGCAACGAGAAAGACCCGAAAGUAAGCAACGGACACGAUGGUCCGGCGAGAAAUGAAAUAUCAAGGGGUAAAGAUAAAACGAAAUCGGCCGAUGUCAACGAAAUCGUCCCAUCUAGAGGAAGAACGAAGCAAUUGGAUACUGAAGACAUUGUUGAUGAAGAAAGGUUGCCGGUUAAUACAAGAUUUCCGCCGAGAGGAAGGAAUUUAAACACAACUCCAAGUGGGGAGGAAGAUGAAGAAGUUAAAACACCCGCUUCGAGAGGACGUACUCGAGGAAGAGUUGAAGUUGAUAAUAGUUCUGAAGAAUCGCAGGAAUCGCGCGGAAGAACAAGGUCAAGCAUCAGACGACCAAGUUUAGACAUAAUUGAUAGCGCCACCUUUAACACACACCCAAAUACCGGGGAACCACCUGCUGGUGGACCUUCUUUCCCCUCGGACCUACCCGCUGGUCCAGUAAGAUUCUUAGGGGCUACGCCCAAUGAAAGAGAACCUUCUCUUGAAGAUAAUGAACCAAAAGACGUCAAAAAAGAAGAAGCUAAAGAAGAAUCAUUUUCAUCCACCGAAGAUGAAGAAGCAACUACUCCUAUGUCGGGGAUGAAAAAGGCUGUUUUAGAUUUAUACGCAAUAAGUCAAGGCACCCAGAAGAUGUUGGGAGAAGAAGGGGCGUACGAAGAAGAUUUAACAACACAACAAGAAGAAAAAGAAGAACCAACCACUUUAGAAUUAACAACCGAAGAAGAAACAACUCCUUCGACAACCACAACAACAACCACCACGACUACAACGACCACAACAACCACGACAACCCCAGCACCAACCACGACAACAACAACAACAACGACAACACCACCCCCAGAACCAGCUUUUGGAAGAGGUCGUUUUAAAAACCGCGCUAAAAUCGGAGGUGGAAAAUCCGUCGCAACAUCCACCUCAUCCCCAAACUCAGACCAAGAUAAACCAAAGAAAUUCGGUGGAAGACCGAGUUUUGGAAGACGCCCCUCUAGUACCAGAAGCACCGCCCAACCAGCUGAAGAACCCGCUAAAGAAGAAACAAAAUCAACCCAAAGCAAACCAGCAACUCGUGGAAGAUUCGGAGCUUCGCGAUCUCGAACUCGCACAACUCCGGCUCCCUCCGGCGGUGAAGAAUCCGAUAAUUCCGCAACAACCACCAGAGCAUCUUUAAGACCUCGCCCAUCGAAUUCAUUAAACAAAUUAAGAACGAGAUCUCGAACUCCCGCAUCAACAGCCGCGCCGGAAGAAUCAAACCAAGAAGAAUCCCAAACAUCAACAACCAUCAGAAGUAGACCUAAAGUAGGUGGAGCUGUUCGUCCUUUACGCCCGGGGCCUAGAAUUAAUUUGGCUAGAGGGCGACUUGGAGGGGUUACCACAACAACAACAACAACCGAAUCAGCCCCAGCUGAACAAGAAGUAAACGAAGAAGCACCGAAACAAGAAGAAGAACAACCAAAGGAACAACCAGAACAACCCCCACAAGACAAUAACCCUCUAAAUAGACUCAAAAAUAGACAAAGAAUUAACAUAUCUGCUAAGCCGAAAGCCGCUGGGACAUCACCGGUUCAAGUAAAGAGGGUAAAUCCUUUAUUGGCCAGAAGGAAAACAACUGCAGCUCCUGAACCCUCCACCGAAGCACCGGAAGAAGCCCCCGCGACUGAUGUUGCUUCAGAAAAUAACGAAGAAACUGAAGCACCAGCGCCGAGUUCAACCACGGAGGAACCUAAAGGGUUAAAUAAGCUAAUUGCGGGAAGGAGGAGGUUAAUUAGGCCACCUCUUGGACACUAAUCCUUCUUAAAUCACUAUAUUGCUUGUAUUCUUUUUGUCUUUUUGUGAGGAAGUGAGCAAGGAUGGUUGUGAAUUUUUAUUUCUAUCUGGUAAAUUAUACUACUAAAGUUGAAAAUGAUUACGUAAAAACGUAAUUUUUUACGUUAUUUUCUAUACUUUUAUUUUCUUAUUUAAAUUGUUGCUCCUUUAUUGGUAUGAAAAAUCGGAGAGUGUUUCUUUUAAGUCGUUUUAGAUAGACGUAAAUAAUACUUUUAAUGUAAGGCUAACCAAUUAGGUUGUAUUUAAAUAACUUGCAGGCCGAAACGUGCCAAUAACUAUUUCAAUUGUUUCAAAAUCACUUUGUGGUGUUUGCAAAUCAAUUGAAAGAAACCCAAACAUAUGUAUUUUUGUAUAUAAAAUUUGUGAGUAAAUAAACGAUACAUACCGAGUAA